GCUGAUAUUUUUUUAGAAAAGAUGCCCUCAAAAAAUCUGUGUUGUCCGCGCAAUACGAAAAUAUACUUUUUUUCAUAUUGCCUUGCGACAGCUCUGAUUUUUCCUCCCACCGAUUUUGUCCUUGAAUCUACGGAAAUUCAACAACACUUAUCUACCGAUUUUUGGUUCGGCAACACUGCUGUCAAAGGUGUCGAAAAUCUAACCUUAGUUUUUUAAAAGUCUUUAACCUAUAAAGAAAAGUCCAGGUAUUUUCAUUUUGUAAUUUGUAAUAAAUACAUAAUAAAAUUUCGGAAAUCAUGGCAAAUAAGCUAGCCUGGUUUUUAACUGAUGCCGGCAAACGAUUUUCUUUCUAUGCCGCCUGCGCCGUUAGUACUAGUACUGCCCUUGUGCAUUUCGCUCCUCAUACAUUUUUCCUUGAUACAUAUGAAGAGUUCUUACACUUAUAUAAGAAUGGAAUGGCUGUACAAUUAACAGACAAGCUAAAGCAGCGGUUCCAGAAGACAUUGGAUAUUUUGGAGGUGAAGAAAGCAGACCAACAUUUAUACAAACCAUUUUUUGCCUAUGGUUUUGAUAUUAUUAGUGCUGGUAGUGCAUAUAGUAAAUUUGGUGCAAUAAUCGGCCUCCCAUAUUAUUUCACUCAUGAGAGUACCAGUGACAUAGACAAGUCAAAAAUCAAGCUCAGUGAUGAAACAAUUAUUUGGGACAAAGAAGAAGCACAACAGCUAUUAGAUUCUCUGGUAAUGAGUGAAAACGGUCAAUUAUAUGCAAUGGCUAAAGAAAUUUUGUACAGACAGUCUCCAAAGCCCCUGCUUGACAUGUGCUUUGCCACGAUGUCAAUUAUUGGUUUGUAUGGGACAAGUCGCCACCUUAACACCAAAUUCGAUUUGUACUCAAGGCCAAUUCAGCUCCGUCUAGCAAUGUAUUAUUUUGUUGCGAUGUUCAUGUACGGGGUCUAUAUUAUGUCGAAAGACACGACACAGAUAUUCGCCGAGGAAAGAAUUGAUAAAAAGUUGAAGCAGAUAGACCCCAGGUUUGCAGAGGGCGGUGCUGAGUACUACCGUAAAGUACUGCAAAGGAACAUUGCUUUACGGACAUUGAUGGGCUCAGAGGGCGAAAGGCGCUUCAGUAUCACUGGGAAUGAAAACACUUUCUUGCGGACCAGGAAUUUACCGUUGGUGCAUCGAAAGUCAAUAUUUGAUGAAACCCAAUAGAAAAAUGAUUAUUUCAAGUUACUGCAGUAGUACUCAUGAGAAGACGUUGGUGUAGUAAGAUUGUGUCAGAGAAAAUGUCAGAAAUAUGUAACGUAACAUGUCAUGGAUGAAAUAGCACAAGAUUUGAAUGUCGUUGUGUCACAGAAGUAAUAUACUUAUUGGUAAAAUGACAUGAGUAUCCAUCAAAUUUUAUACAAACUGUUAAUGUUAUUUAAUAAAGGUAUGUUUCGAUGAUA